CGCGAUUCUUAGCAGCCAGCAGCCAGCAGCCAACAGCCAACAGCCAAAGGUGGCCCCCAUAAAAUCAUCAUCAUCUCGUUAUCAAUCACCUUCAGCAAACUGCAAACCCACCCACACACCCAAACUCGCCGUCGCUAAUUCUUGGUCGCCUUUCUCCCGCCAACUGAACCACCACCAAGACCAUUCCAACUACCUAGACAAACCAUGGCCGCCAUCUGGGGUAACGGCGGGCAGGCUGGCCAGUUCCCUCUGGAGCAAUGGUUCUAUGAAAUGCCCCCCGUGACUCGGUGGUGGACAGCAGCCACCGUUGCCACUUCGGUCUUGGUUCAAUGUCACGUCCUCACCCCAUUCCAGCUGUUUUAUAGCUUUCGCGCUGUAUAUGUCAAGUCUCAGUAUUGGCGUCUGUUCACGACAUUCCUAUACUUCGGACCGCUGAAUCUCGACUUACUAUUCCAUGUAUUCUUCUUGCAGCGAUACUCGCGCCUGCUUGAAGAGUCGUCGGGGCGAUCGCCGGCCCACUUCUCGUGGCUCCUGUUCUACGCCAUGGCCUCUCUCCUCCUCCUCUCGCCCUUCCUCUCCCUUCCAUUCUUGGGCACGGCCCUCUCUUCCAGUCUGGUCUACAUUUGGAGUCGGCGCAACCCAGAAACCCGCCUGAGCUUCCUCGGCAUGCUGGUCUUCACCGCCCCAUAUCUCCCCUGGGUUCUAAUGGCUUUCAGCCUGGUCGUCCACGGAAUUGUGCCCAAAGACGAGAUUUGUGGUGUCGUCGUGGGCCAUGUCUGGUACUUCUUCAACGACGUAUACCCGUCCCUGCAUGGAGGCCACCGUCCUUUCGAUCCCCCCAUGUGGUGGGUGCGGUUGUUUGAGACGAGACCCGGGGAAGUCCGAGGUACGGACGCUGCCAAUGUCAACGGAGAUUUUGCCGCUGCCGCUGCACCUGAAGUUCGAUGAACCAUCUGCACAAACUGGGUGGUCAAACGGCAUCCCGGAACUGUCAGCGCAAUCGUCCAGGGAACGGCAACCAUCAUUCUGCGGGUGAUCUGUUCCAAGGCCUGACGCGCGCGAAUGAAUGAGACUUAAUAUUGUCAGGAUAUAAACAAGGAUUACGGCGGCAUUUCUGGUUAUGUUGGUAUUUGGGUGGCUGAUCCGGGGCGUCAUUUGACCCCACGUUGCAACAGCUGUUUGCGCUACGGCCUCCUUUCGAGGUGACUAGAA